AUGGCGAACUCGGGGCCUCAGAAAUGCCGGCAGCUGCAGCGCUACACCAGCUGUGGAAGCCGCCUUAUCGUCGGGUGCAUUCCGUACAAGAUCAAGAAUAAGGAGGCGGCAUGCGACAUAAUUCCUCAUCAAUCUGUCGAGGUUCUCGUUGUCAGCUCCACCAAGAAACGAGCUGAGAUCAUGUUCCCUAAGGGAGGUUGGGAAGCCGAUGAAACGAUGAUCCAGGCAGCCUACCGGGAGACGUACGAGGAAGCCGGUGUGCUGGGAAUCGUUGAGGGUAAUCUUGGAAAAUGGAGUUACAAGAGCAAGAGCAACGAUAACAGGGAUCGCGAGGCCGUCAUGUUCGCUUUUAACGUUAAAGAGGAGGUCAUCUAUUGGCCUGAGGGAGCUCUGCGAACUCGAAAAUGGAUGAGCGUGGAAGAAGUGAUGGCGGAGUGCAAGCAUGUGUGGAUGAAGGAAGCAUUAGCCAGAUUCGUAUUCUGUCUCUCUAGUUCCAUAACCAAAACAGAUGAUGAUGAUGGUGGUGGUGUCGGAGGCUCACUGGAUCAUCAUUAG